AUACUGGGUAGCAUCUAAGACGCAUACCUCCGUAUACAGCUAGUUAACACUCAACCCGAAUUUCCUUCUCUCUCUUUGUCUCCCUCAUUCUCUCUCUAUAUUCUCCGUCUCGACUCAGUUCUGCAUAGUGAUAUCUCUUCCUGAGGAUUCAUGUCGGAGAAGGGUCGGCCGUUGCCAAAAUUUGGUGAAUGGGAUGUUAAUGAUCCGGCUUCAGCAGAGGGAUUUACCGUAAUAUUUAACAAGGCCAGAGAUGAGAAGAAGACAGGUGGGAAGCCAGAUUCUCCUACAAAGGUGGAUUCAAGUACAAAGCAAGCAGAGGAACCUUUAAAACCCCAGGGUAAAAAAUGGUUUUGCUGCAUGUAGAGCCCAGGCGUGGAUCUGUCACCAAGUUUAUGUGUAAAAGAUUAUAUACUGCGUAUUUAUAAAAAGCUUAGAAAAUGUCUCUGAGUCGGGCUGCAGGUGGUAUCAGGCACUGCAGCAUUCCAUUUUGUGUACUGUAAAAUUGAGUUGGUUGGCAAAAGAGGGAGAAAACUUGAGUAUGAUUGAUGUAUGCUGUUUUGUGAAUAAAGAUCAAUCCAGGUUUAUGAUUGUUGCUUUUUGUGUGACCUGUAAAGCAUUAUGCGUCUCCUGUUAAUCACCGUUUGCUGAUUUAUUUGUUUCAGUGAAGCA